AUGUCCAGAGAGCGCCGUAUAGCCAAAGAGCUUAUAGAUAUCCAGGCAGACCGGGACGAUUCUGGAGUUUUCGCCACGUCAGCCGAUGGUCACAGUCUGAACCAUCUCAAGGGUACCGUUCCCGGUCCUCCAGAUACCCCGUAUGCUGGUGGCUCUUUCACCAUCGAUAUCCAAAUCCCCGACAGUUACCCGUUCAAAUCACCGACCAUGAAAUUUGACACCAAGAUCUGGCACCCCAACGUCAGCAGUCAAACUGGAGCCAUUUGCCUUGAUACGCUUAGCACUGGCUGGUCACCCGUCCAAACUAUAAAGACUGCCCUGCUUUCAAUCCGCAUGCUCCUCGAAGCGCCCAACCCCAGAGACCCCCAAGACGCCGAAGUUGCCAAGAUGCUCUUGGACGAACCUGAACAGUUUGCCCGUGUCGCCCAUGAGUGGGCCAUAAAAUAUGCCGGCGCUGUGAGACAGAAUCUAGACCUGAGCAAAUUCAGGAAUACGGAUGCUCCAAAGGCUAGUAGCGGAGACAGGUACAAGGGAUACAACAAGGACCUGGUCGACCGUUUCGUCAACAUGGGUUUCGAUACUGAUGCAGUUGUAGACGCCUUCAUUUUUGUGGGUAUCGAUCGCAAUAAUGGACGAGACUAUGAACUAGAAGAAGCCUAUAUGGGCGACGUUACCGCGCGACUGCUCGGAGAACAAUGA